AUGGUGGUAUGCACCUUUUUUCAGCAAGGUCGCUGCAAGUUCGGAGAUCGCUGCAAGUUCGAGCACCCUGGCAAACCUACUGCUGGCCCAUCGGGGAAUCGAUUCGGUGCUUUAUCCGGAGGGUUUGGAGGUCAAAAUCAGACUCUACAAGGACCGGACCCGGCAGUUAAGGCAAGCGAAAUCAAGUCAGACUUGACCGCAGGCCAGGGCCGCCCGGAAUGGAUCUUCUCCGCAUAUGCACCCCACAAAGAUGUUGCGCGCCAGCUGUUCGGCGGUGCUCACCGCGAGCGGAGCAUGGAAGAGAUGCGCCUCCGCCAUUAUGAAUUAGCAGCAGCCGGCAACCUGAACCAGGCAGUCCAAGAAGCCUCGGCUCUAUGGCAAGAGUGCGUGCAACAGAUGGAGAUAUCACUGAAUGACCUGAAUGGUGCCGUCAAAUAUGUCAAUGAUGGCAGGAAUGAACACCCCAAUCGAAUCGACAUCAUCAAGGGGAACACUCAGGCUAGUAUGAACCAAGCUCCAGCGCCAUUUGGCCAACCCUCUCCAUUUGGCCAGCAAAAUGUCGCCCCGACACCAAACACCGGUCCUGCGCCUGGAGCGUUUGGCGCCCCUUCCUCGACCUUUGGCCAGUCUUCAGGACUUGGUCAGUCAGGUGGAUUCGGUAGGGCUUCAGCACCAGCGCAGCCGGCUGGCAUGGGCCAGUCUACGGCCUUUGGACAGACAUCUGCCUUGGGUGGUUCCGCCUUCGGUCAAACCUCCACACUGGGAGGGCAGUCAGCCUUUAACAAAACACCUUUCGGCCAGCCAGCCCAGCCAGGAGUUAAUCCAAACCCCUUCGGCAAGCCGAUCGCUCCGGGAGGUGCCGCCCCAUUCGGCGCUCCGUCUGUCGCUUCUCCCUUCACUCAAGUGGCUCAGAACCAGCCUGCCGCUGGUGGGUUUGGCCAGGUCGCCGGGCAACCUGCCCCGUCGCCAUUUGGCCAGCCAGCUGUCAACCCGAGCCCAUUCGGCCAGCCAUCAGCCACGGCAGGCGCUGCCCCAUUCGGUCAGCCAUCAGUUCCGGCAGGCGCCGCUCCAUUCGGCCAACCCUCAGCCCCAGCAGGCGCCGCUCCAUUCGGCCAGCCCUCAGCCCCGGCAGGUGCCGCCCCAUUCGGUGCUCCACCUACCGCUUCUCCUUUCGCCCAAGUAUCUCAGAACCAGCCUGCUGCCGGUGGGUUUGGCCAGAGUGCUGUACAACCUGCCCCGUCUCCCUUCGGCCAGCCUGCAGUCCAAGGUGUGCCGGUGCAGAAUGCCAACGCCGGGCCGCGGGCAUACAUCAAAAUCGACAAUCCACAAGACCUCAACCCACUUCCACAACUGGAGGGUGAAACUCGACAUAACCCAUCCACCAAACAACUAGUGAUGUGGAAGGGCCGGCCCGUCAAGUAUAUCAACGACCACCCCUGCUACCUUCACCCACAAGACAACAAAACCUUUGUCCGAGUUCACUUCCCUAACGGGCCACCUGAUCCAGCUAGCUUGAAAGACGCACAUGCAAAGCCCGAGGAAUACACACCAGAGGUCGCUGAGGCAUAUCAAUUUUUCCUCCAAAAUGGCUACUUCAAGGACGGCAACAUUCCUGCAGUACCUCCUAAGCAGGAGUGGCUGAGUUUCGACUUUUAG